AUGACGGGAGGAACGCCGGAGUACAGCCAUGUGAUCGUCGGCGCUGGCUCGGCCGGCUGCGUGCUGGCGAACCGCCUGUCCGAGAAUCCGGACAACUCGGUCCUCCUGUUGGAGGCAGGCCCGAAGGACCACACCUGGACCAUCCACAUGCCGUCGGCAAUGCGGUACAACCUCGCCGGCGAUAGGUACAACUGGCGCUACCACACCGCACCGCAGGAACACAUGGACAACAGGGUGAUGUACUGGCCUCGGGGCCGGGUGUGGGGAGGAUCCUCGUCCCUAAACGCGAUGGUUUAUAUCCGCGGGCACGCGCUGGACUACGACCGCUGGGAGAGAGAGGGCGCGGCGGGGUGGGCGUACGCAGACUGCCUGCCGUACUUCCGCAAGGCCCAGACGCACGAGCUUGGUCCCGACGACUACCGAGGCGGGGAAGGGCCUCUGCACGUCUGUCGCGGCAAGAGCAACAACCCUUUGAACAGAGCCUUCAUAGAAGCUGCCCAACAGGCGGGUUACCCUCACACAGACGACAUGAACGGUUACCAGCAGGAGGGAUUUGGAGAGAUGGACAUGAACGUGCGGAAGGGGGUCCGCUGGAGCACGGCUAACGCGUACCUGCGACCCGCGCUGAGGAGGACCAACGUGACGGCCGAGGUGAGGUGCGUGGCGACGCGAGUCCUGUUCGAGGGCAGCCGGGCAGUGGGGGUGGAGUAUCGGCGGAACGGGGAGACUAAACAGGUGCGAGCGGCAGCAGAAGUCAUCCUGUCGGGCGGCUCCAUCAACUCCCCCCAGCUGCUGAUGCUGUCAGGGGUCGGCAACGCUGAUGAUCUGCGGAAGCUGGACAUCCCCGUUGUCCAACACCUACCAGGUGUAGGACAGAACCUCCAGGACCACCUGGAGAUCCAUGUGCAGCAGGCGUGCACCCAGCCCGUCACGCUGUACAGCGCACUCCAGCCGCACCGCAUGCUCAUCAUCGGCAUACAGUGGUUGACGACGCAGACCGGUCUGGGCGCCACGAGCCACAUGGAGGCGGGCGGGUUCAUCCGGAGCCGGGCGGGGGUGCAGCAUCCCGACAUCCAGUACCACUUCCUGCCCUCCACCAUCAACGAUCACGGCAGGGUGGCGGGGAAACAGCAUGCGUAUCAGGUCCAUGUGGGACCGAUGCGCCCGACCAGCCGAGGAUACCUGAAGCUGAAGACUGCAAACCCCCAUACACACCCUCUGAUUCAGCCGAACUACCUGUCCACGCAGCAGGACGUGCUGGAGAUGCGGCUGAGCGUCAAACACACGCGGGAAAUAUUCGCACAGAAGGCCUUCGACCCGUUCAGAGGAGCAGAGAUUGGGCCAGGACACAGUGUCCAGUCGGACAAGGAAAUCGACGCGUACGUGCGCCAACACGCCGAGAGCGGCUACCACUCGUGCUGCACCUGUAAGAUGGGCGCCGAGUCGGACAGGACGGCAGUGGUGGACCCGGAGACGCGCGUGCUCGGGGUGGAGAACCUGCGGGUUGUGGACGCCUCCAUCAUGCCGAGUAUAGUCAGCGGGAACCUUAACGCCCCCACCAUCAUGCUGGCGGAGAAGGCUGCUGAUAUCAUCAAGGGGGAACCGCCGCUUCCAAAAUCCACGGCGCCGGUGUACAGACCAGAAACGUUAGAGGCGCAGAGAUAGAGGGUUUUCAAACGUUUCAGAUGUUUAUGUUUUCUACUUUCACAGAAGGAAAACAUGUUGUUUCUACUCGAGUAAUAUUCUUCACCAAAUGAAGGUCAAUGACCUGGACCAGACGUCUGUCCCCGUGGUAACUGGUGCUGUAGCAAACACUCUGUGGUGUUGGGUUACAUUAAGGAAACGUUUGAGAAUAAGAGAACCUGCGGAUUGUGGACGCCUCCAUCAUGCCGAGUAUAGUCAGCGGGAACCUUAACGCCCCCACCAUCAUGCUGGCGGAGAAGGCUGCUGAUAUCAUCAAGGGGAAACCGCCGCUGCCCA